GCCCGUCGCCAGGGGACGCUCGUGGGUCGGUCUCCUAGGCAACCGCGCGCUCCGCCCUCCGGCCCUUUAACCUUUAGGGUGCGCGGGCGCAGCGUCCCUUCGCGUUCUCCCCUUUCCCCUUCCCCAACCCCGGCGCCCAAGUCUGUGGGGACCGGAAGUGAAGAUGGCGGCGGCGGCGGCGCCGCCCGGCGCGGCUUCCGCGGACCUGGUGAUCGGCUGGUGCAUAUUCGGCCUCCUGCUGCUGGCUAUUUUGGCAUUCUGCUGGAUAUAUGUUCGUAAAUACCAAAGUCAGCGGGAAAGUGAAGUUGUCUCCACCAUAACAGCAAUUUUUUCUCUAGCAAUUGCACUUAUCACAUCAGCACUUUUACCAGUGGAUAUAUUUUUGGUUUCUUACAUGAAAAAUCAAAAUGGUACAUUUAAGGGCUGGGCUAAUGCUAAUGUCAGCAGACAGAUUGAAGACACUGUAUUAUAUGGUUACUAUACUCUAUAUUCUGUUAUAUUGUUCUGUGUGUUCUUCUGGAUCCCUUUUGUCUACUUCUACUAUGAAGAAAAGGAUGAUGAUGACACUGGUAAAUGCACUCAAAUUAAAACAGCACUCAAGUAUACGCUGGGAUUUGCAGUGGUUUGUGCACUUCUUCUUUUAGUUGGUGCUUUUGUUCCACUGAAUGUUCCCAAUAACAAAAAUUCUACAGAAUGGGAAAAAGUAAAAUUCCUUUUUGAAGAACUUGGAAGUAGUCAUGGCUUAGCUGCAUUGUCCUUUUCUAUUAGUUCUCUGACUUUGAUUGGAAUGUUGGCAGCUAUAACUUACACAGCCUAUGGCAUGUCUGCAUUACCUUUAAAUCUGAUCAAAGGCACAAGGAGUGCUGCUUAUGAACGUUUAGAAAACACUGAGGACAUUGAAGAAGUGGAGCAGCACAUUCAGACCAUUAAAUCCAGAAGCAAAGAUGGCCGACCUUUGCCAGGAAGGGAUAAGCGCGCUUUGAAACAACUUGAAGAAAGACUAAGAACACUUAGGAAAAGAGAGAGGCAUUUAGAAUUCAUUGAAAACAGCUGGUGGACAAAAUUUUGUGGUGCUCUGCGUCCCUUGAAGAUCAUUUGGGGAAUAUUUUUCAUCUUGGUUGCAUUGCUGUUUGUAAUUUCUCUCUUCUUGUCAAAUUUAGAUAAAGCUCUUCAUUCAGCUGGGAUAGAUUCUGGUUUCAUAAUUUUUGGAGCUAACCUGAGUAAUCCACUGAAUAUGCUUUUGCCUUUACUACAAACAGUUUUCCCUCUUGAUUAUAUUCUUAUAACAAUCAUUAUUAUGUACUUUAUUUUUACUUCAAUGGCAGGAAUUCGAAAUAUUGGUAUAUGGUUCUUUUGGAUUAGAUUGUAUAAAAUCAGGAGGGGGAGAACCCGGCCCCAAGCCCUGUUGUUCCUCUGCAUGAUCCUCCUGCUCAUUGUCCUCCACUCCAGCUACAUGAUCUAUAGCCUCGCGCCGCAGUACGUCAUGUACGGAAGCCAGAACUACGUAGUAGAGAGCAAUAUGACUUCUGAUUACCACAAAGGUAAUUCAACCCUUUCUGUGCCAAAGAGAUGUGAUGCAGAUGCUCCUCAAGAUCAAUGUACUGUUACCCGGACAUACCUAUUUCUUCACAAGUUCUGGUUCUUUAGUGCUGCUUACUAUUUUGGUAACUGGGCCUUUCUUGGGGUGUUCCUGAUUGGAUUGAUUGUGUCCUGCUGUAAAGGAAAGAAGUCGGUCAUUGAAGGUGUGGAUGAGGAUUCGGAUGUGAGUGAGGAUGACGAGCCCUCCGUCUACUCUGUCUGAUGCCUUCUGCCUCUACCUUGACAAAGCCCAUGUGGCCUGCUGUGCAUUUUAACGGUGUUAAAUAACAUUCAGUGAACUGACUCGCUUUCAUCAAAAAUGGGAGCAUGGCUAUUAAAAAUAUAUUUUUUAUGUUUUCUGAAGUAAUAUUAUUGUAUCAUAGAUAAACAUUCAAAAUUGCUACAGUACUAUGUAAAUAUAAAACUACUAGCUUUGUGAGAGAAUGUUUAUGGGAAAAUUUUUUUCUGUAAUGUAUAAUAGUGUUAAAUAGAUUAAAAAUCUCCCAGAAUUAAUAUUUCCAUUUGUGGCUUUUUAAAAACAUGAUAAAUCACUUGUAUCUGUGCCUUAGCUUCUCCAGAGUAAUGUGGAAUUCUAAAGCAUCUAUAUCUGAUUCCUUAACAAUAUUUACAGUAUAGCUGACAAAUAAAUGAUACUCCCAUAUGCAGCUUGUCUUCAGUUUUCUGCACAAAAUCAUUAGUGCCACUCAAGUAAGUUUCAUGAAAAAUUUCAAACCCCUUAGGCUCUGAGACCACAGCAUUCCAAGAUGUGUCACAUUGCCCAACUGUUAGUCCAUUUGAUAUCUUACCACCUUUUUGGCAUUUAGGGCAUCUAUAUUGCUGAUGGUAGCUUUUGUUUUAUAGCUGACCUUAAAAGUUAUAUUCCAGCAUAAAUAAUGGGGAUACUGUCUACAGUAAUUAGUCCUGAAAAAAAAAAUUUACUGGUCAGUUCGAGAUAUAUAUAGCAUCUAUUUUGGCUUUAUAGAUAUUUUUUCAUUUUAAAGAUUUGAAAUUUGCAAAAGAUAUAUACAGUGAAAACUAUAUAGUAUCAAUAGGGUAUUUGACUGCAUUCUGGAUAAUGAGAAAUAAGCACAAAUGACAUUCUAGUUUACGAACAUAAGCAAGUUAGAACUCAUGAAAAAGUAUAUAUCGUGAUCCUUGAAGUAAAAUCAUCAAGUUUCUGAAAAAUAUUUAGGAUUUAACAACCAUGUCCAACUCAGUCCUUUGCUCCCUUAACUCUUGUGCCACUUUUCUGUGUUCUGCUUCUUAGCUUCUCUUGAUCAACCUGCGCAGCUUUUGCAUUUGGCUUCUGCCUCUGCAACUGCCCCUUUGCUACCCAACCAGACAUUCAUCCCUUUCAUUCUUAUUUUACGCCAUCUUUGUGGAGAUUCUCAUGCCCUUGGCUUCCAUUCAUGCUACUUUUUCCUAAGCACUGAGCCUUUAUAUACCUUUUAAUUAGAAAUUACUGCUUCAGUUGCAACAUGUUGACAUUUGAAAUCCUUAUUUUUCUUCUAGGCAUGCUAAGCCGCCUUCUGUAUUAAUUUUCUUGACAAAUAGCACCAGCACAGACCAGAUUUCCUAAAUCAAAAACCCAGGCGGUCCUUCUCAUCUCUUGCAUAGUUGAGUCAUGUUAAUCUCUACUUCCUGUCUUUUCCUGUGUUCCCUCUUCUCCAUUCUUAUUGCCACUUGCUACGUUAUGGACUGAAUCAUGUCCCCCCGAAAACUCAUAUGUUGAAUAUGACUAUAUUUGGAGCUAGGGCCUUUAUAAAGGUAAUUAAGGUAACAGGAGGCUAUUGGGCAGAGCCCUAAUUCAAUAUGGCUGGAGGGGGAAGAGACCUGUGAGGUAUCCUUGCAGAGAAGAGGUGGAAGGAUGCACUGAGGAGUUGGCUACACGCCAGCAGGGCAAGUGUGGGCUGCCACCUCCAAUCUGUGAGAAAAUAAGUGUCUACUGUGUAAGCCAUGUGGUCUGUUUUGUUAUGGCAGCCCAAGCCGACUCAUGCACUCUGAUUCUUGAGCUUUCUUAUUGGCUUUCUGCCAAGCCCUGACUCCUUUUGGUCUUUUCUCAACAUUUAAAAUGCACGUCUGUUUAUUUCUUUGCUCUACUGUGAAGUGCUUUCAGUUAUUUUAGAAUUCAAUUUAUAAGUCCUCCUGAGACAUAUAAGGCCUGUCUGGUGUGAUUCUUUUCUGACUCCGGCCUCUUCUGCCCUCCUCACACCAUUCAUACAAGCCACAUGGCCACACACUCUCAAGCUGUUCCUUCUGUCUGCAAUGCCAUCCCUUCCUUUCCUAAAAAAAAUCCUUAUUCUUCGAAGCUCAGCCUUAACAUAAUCUAGGCAGAGUUAGGUGCUGGCUCCUCCCUGCUCACAAGACACCUGUGCAAAGUAUGUGAUUGUUGCCUCAUAUCUGCCUCCUCUGGAUGGCACGUCCUUGUACACAACAUCUGGUUCUCCCACUGUGUUCCUGAUGCCUAGAAUAGUUUCUUACAUAAGACAGUGUUCAGUUGACAGGUGAAUUUGCUAGAAAGAAGCUGCCUACAUGGUUUAAGCCUACAUAAACUAUAUUGACUAAGGAGGCAUGUCUGUUUAGCCUGUGUUUGAGUUUUCUUUUGCUACCUAGAAAUUUAGAAGUAUUACCAUAUUUGUGUUGAAUACAGUACACACUUUUCAUUACGUUGUGUUUUGUUUGUUCCUGUCAUACCAACUUUAGUUUUUUAUUUUGCUAGUAUUUUAAAUAUAUAUAUAUAUUUCCUAGAUUCUAAAAAUGUUCUUCCUACAUAUUUAGAAAUUUACUUUUGUUCUAACACUAAGGUUUUUUCCCCUUCCCAUAUUGAAUGCCUUAACUUCAUAUUUUCAUGAAGCUGAUGUUGAGUUCUGUGAAUGAAGACAUAGUUCCUUUGAAGUCCUCCUGAAAAUGCCUAAAUAAGAGAUCUUCUGGGGUGAUGACUUUCCAAAAGGUCAAAGCCCUCAUGUUCCACAUAAACGUCAACAAGUAGUUAUUCAGCCAUGCAGUGCGGCUGUAGAAAGAGGUCCCAGAAACUGACUUCCAGCCCGGUGCUGCUGGACCAGAGGAAAUGAAAAUGCCUGUUGUGAAAGGAAAGGAAGAGAAACAGGAGCUCCAUGAAGACAAAAAACAGUGCAGAAAGAAUGCUUUCAAAACAGACUCCUGUGCUCUUCAGUGAAAGCAGUGACCUACUGUCUUAGAGUCAGUCCCAUAGAAAAAGCACAUCAACACUGAUUAUGGUGCUGAGCUUAAGUAUCAACCUUGACCACAUAAGAAGUCAGGUGAUGAAAGCUGGAAGACUGAAGAAAGGCUGGCAAGAGACCUGAGGGGAAAUGGGUGUUGAUGUCUUUAUUUUACAAGGGGAGGAGACGAGGGACAUCACACGAUACCGUCCCCACCAGAGACAGUACACCUGUCAAAGGGUGGCAGAAAAUGCCUCCCUCAAAAUAUGCUGUUUUGGCAUAAAGAAUUAUUUUGAGGUAAGGCAAAGAAGAGUGGUGCAAGAAGAGUGCUCUGACCUUUUUUUCCUAAAAGCAGGUGAUAAAACUCCCAUAUGGAAGAUGUCCUCCCCAUACCAGGAGGAAAAUAACAUUUUUAUCACUGAGGCAAAAGAUAAUCUACAAAAUUUGCUAAACCCUUACCUUCCUUGUUCCCAUUCUGCCAUUUUCUGCCCUAGCCCAAGCCUCGUGAUCUUGUCAUGUUUUCAUAAUUAACUUCUCUGUCCAAUUCCUUGUACAAGCAUUGGAGUUUUGCUGCUGCUUUGAGUUUGUAUUUCCUGUGAGGGCUUUUGUGUCAUGCUCAACUUAUAUUAAACACAUCUGCAUGCUC